UAAUUUCACCACCACAGUGAUAUGUGUUUAGCCUAGAGGAUGGCCAAGUACUUGGGUUUCUAUCUACUAGUGAUGCUCAGACUUGCAAUGGCAUUUGCAGGCAUUCUGAACGAGACCUGCUAUGAUGACACUGGUGGCCCAUUGCGAGCCGAUGAGUACCAAGAUACCUGCCCGGAGGCAGAAGCCAUCAUCUUCUCUUGGGUGCAGAAGGCGGUGUCCGAUGACCCAAGAAUGGCUGCUUCACUGCUGCGUCUGCAUUUCCAUGACUGCUUUGUCAAUGGUUGUGAUGCCUCUGUUUUGUUGGAUGAUGUUGGGAGUUUUGUCGGGGAAAAAACUGCAGCCCCGAACUUGAACUCACUGAGAGGGUUUGAAGUGAUCGAUGAGAUAAAAUCAGUGCUUGAAUCUGUAUGCCCUGGAACUGUCUCUUGUGCAGACAUUCUUGCUAUAACAGCUAGAGACUCUGUUGUUCUGUCAGGCGGGCCAGGUUGGGACGUCCAGAAAGGAAGGAGGGAUAGCUUGAGUGCUAGCAAAGCAGCAGCCAACAACAACAUCCCUGGCCCGAAUUCUAGCGUUGCAACACUCGUGGCCAAGUUCCAGAGCGUUGGCCUCACGCUCAACGACAUGGUGGCCCUCUCAGGGGCGCACACAAUGGGGAAAGCAAGAUGCUCGACAUUCACCUCAAGGCUAACUGGGGGCAGCAACUCAAACGGCCCGGAAAUUAACGUGAAAUUCAUGGAGUCACUGCAGCAGCUAUGCUCAGAAUCUGGCACCAACGUGACGCUAGCACAACUUGACCUUGUGACGCCUGCGACAUUUGAUAACCAGUACUAUGUCAACCUUCUAUCUGGUGAGGGACUGCUUGCAUCCGACCAGGCACUGGUGUCCGGAGAUGAUCAGACACGACGAAUUGUAGAAUCCUAUGUGGAGGACACAAUGAUCUUCUUUGAGGAUUUCAGGAAAUCCAUGUUGAAGAUGGGAAGCUUGGGGCCAUUGACUGGUAAUAACGGUGAAAUCCGGAGGAACUGUAGGGCUGCUAAUUAGCCUCAACUAAGUAUAGGGUCAUGAAAGAAUGAGAAUAUGACCUAGGUUGGUGCAGAAGCUUUCUUCAUAGCUGGCGAGUUUAGUAAAACUAGCAUUAGGGUAUUAUGUGUUUUCUAGGGCGUUAUAAGUUUUGGCUGGAUAGUUGGAACCAGCUCUAACAAGAGUGUGUUAUGAAAAUUAAUGAUAUAUGAUAUGG